AUGGCCAGGUUGCUGCUCGGAUCAAUCAAUGCCAAGCGGAGUUUAUCCGAUUGGCACCGGGAUCACCACAUCAAUCUCAGCGCUCCGCGCUCCGCGCUCUGGACCGAGCAUACCGUAUUGUCCAGAGGUGUAUUUGUGCUGCCUUUCGUUCUGCUGGCCAAAUAUCUAAGUAUCUCAUUCACUUCGUUUUCGCUCCUACCGGAGAACGACGUGAUUGACCGGCUGUUGAUACUAUACAUCACCAAUCACUCCCCUGCACUGACUACGAGACGAGAGGCCCAAAAAAUGGCAGCGCUUACUCCCAACGACUACUCGUCCGACCCUGCUGCAGCGCUACAAAAAGCUCAGCAAGCUCCUUCCAUCCUCUCCAAAGCAUCAUCAGUCAGCACAAGCUUUCCGGCUUCAAUCUUCAGCUCGGCCGACUCCACGGAACUAUGGAACGACCUAGAGCAACUUCUGUACGCCUGCCUGCGAACGGGUGACGACGAAUCGGCAUUCUUGUGUGUUGAGAAGCUGACGGAACGAUUUGGGGCAACCAACGAGCGGGUAAUGGCCCUCAGGGGACUAUACCAGGAAGCUGUGGCUUCGGACAUGACGGCCAUCAAGAAGAUACUGGAAGAUUACAAUAAGAUUCUAAUGGAAAAUCCAAUGAACGUGCCUGUUCUCAAGAGAAGGAUUGCUCUAAUAAGAUCAAUUGGUAGGCCGCAAGAGGCUAUCGCAGAUCUUGUGGAGUUCGUCGACUCUUUUCCUACAGACAUGGAAGCUUGGUGUGAGCUGAGUGAUCUGUAUCAGACCCAAGGAUGCAUUUCACAAGCCAUCUUCUGUCUCGAGGAAGCAUUACUCAUCACCCCCAAUGCAUGGAACCUGCACGCGCGGCUUGGAGAGCUGGAAUACAUGGCCGGAGUUUCGACAAUCGAUUCAGCUGAAGGUCGGGACCAUCUAUCUCUGGCUGUCAAACGAUUCAGUCGCAGUGUCGAGCUCUGUGACGACUAUAUACGAGGUUUCUAUGGUCUCAAGUUAGCCGCAGAUAAGCUUCUCGAGACGAAUACGACGACCAAGGCACAAGGCAACACUCAUGUGACUCACGACAAACUCCUGAAGUUGAGCGAAUUGGCCACGUCAAAAUUGGAGGCUAUCGUAGGAGACCGCACUACGCGCCGAUCACCAGGGGUGAAUCAGUCGGAAUUGACAGCAGCCAAAGCUCUGCUGAGCAGAUAA